CCGACCUUGCAGCGACCAUGUUUGUUCCCUGCGGGGACUCGGUCCCUGACCUUACGGGCUUCACCCUCCUCAUGCCAGCAGUCUCUGUUGGAAAUGUCGGCCAGCUUGCAAUAGAUCUGAUUAUUUCUACACUGAAUAUGCCUAAGAUUGGUUACUUCUAUACCGAUUGUCUCAUACCAAUGGUUGGCAACAACCCAUAUGCAACUGCAGAAGAAAAUUCCACAGAACUUAGUACAAACACUGAAGUAUAUUCAUCGCCUUCAAGAAAGCUAGUGGCUCUUCAAUUAAGAUCUAUUUUUAUUAAGCACAAAUCAAAGUCAUUCUGUGAAAAACUACUUUCCUGGGUGAAAAGUAGUUGCUUUGCAGCAGUUAUAGUUCUUUCAAGCAGUCAUUCAUAUCACCGUAAUGAUCUACAGCUUCGUAGCUCUUCUAAAGAUAUCCAAAUGGCAGUUCUGCUGAAGUUUGUUUCAGAAGGGGACAAUAUCCCAGAUGCAUUAGGUCUUGUUGAGUAUCUUAAUGAAUGGCUUCAGAUCAUCAAACCACAUUUACAGAGUGAUGACCCCACAGCAUCUUCCUUGCGGUGGAAAAUACCAAGUUCUUGGAGAUUACUCUUUGGCAAUGGUUUCCCCCCUGCACUUUUUUGAUGUAUUUUCAGUUUUAUACCUUGUAUCCCAAGACACUUAUUACCAGCACAAAAGUUAAACAUUCUGGACAGAAAGUGUAUAAUGUAUUAGAAGUAAAUUCUACUUUUCACAGAAAAUCUCAAUAAAAGGGUUAGCGCAACAUCUUUUUGCCAUGCUUUCAUCAUAUAUAGCAAAUACAAAUUUUGUACAAUAAAAUGUUAUUUC